ACGGUACAGGUUGGCAGCUCUACGAAAAGUGUGCACGUAAGCGUGUGAAUGGCACUGGCAAAAAGCAGAAAAAUGGCGCCAAAUCAGCUUGAUAUUCCACAGUACAGUGUCAUUUUGUGUGCUAAAUAUCUUAUAAUCCGUAAUGGCAUCCAUGUUUGGUGAUGAUGGUGUUGACGACUUGUUCAACGAUAACAUUGCCAACGACAAUGAAGAUGAGCUACCCAGCGAUGGCGAAGCAAAUGCCGGCGAAAAUCUGUUCGGCGAUGACGAAGAUGCUCCUAAUGCGGAUGGCGCCGUCGAAGAAGGCGUUGAAGCUGUCAAAGUAGAGCCUAAGAAGCGAGCAGUGCGCAAUCCACGUCCCCGUCUCACCGUUGACACACUGCGCGGUCCGCGUGGCUUGCACACAAUGGAACACUAUUUCAAGGAUAUCAAAUACAAAGGCAAGGGACACGAAAAAGCCGAUCUGGAUGAGAUUUUAAGGCGAUUGCAGCACUGGGGCCAUCGCAUGUAUCCCAAUUAUACGUUCGACGAUGUGCUGAACAACAUCGAGCGACUGGGCAAAAAGAAACCGUUGCAAGUGCAUAUGGCACGCUAUCGCAUGGGCCAAUUGGACGAUCUUCUCGAGCAGCAGCAGCAAGCAAGCGAGCUCCACGACAAUGCCAAUGAUGAGGAUAAUGAUAAUAAUAUCGACGCGGAGCCCUUCGACGAGUUCGAUGCACUGCUGGGCGAACAGAUUGCCAUGUCAAAACUGGCACCGCGAACACCGGCAGCAGUUAAUCGACACAACAAUCUAUCCACGACGAGCAGCUCGCUGGUGACACCCUCAUUCUCACGCAAUGCCAUUGUGUCCACGCCAUAUUCUACAGCUCCACCCGGUCAGCCGACUCCCAACGAUAAUAUAAGCGAUUAUGGUGAACCAUUGCCAGCGACGCCAAUAUUAUCAGCAGAGCAAAUGGCGCGCAUUGCGGAGAAUCGUCGACUGGCCCAGGAACGUUUGCGGGCCAAGCAAAUAGAGGCGUUGCCAGUUAAAUAGUUGCAUAGUUAAUACUAAUUUAUUGUUGUCAUAAAUUAAGAUUCGUAGAAAUAAUAGAUA